GACGGUUUAUGGAUUACGAUCGGUACACAGUCUAAUCACGAGCAGGGAAAACGUCUGAUUUAAACUUGGAGGCAGUCGGGAUCAAGGAGGGCAUGUGGUAGGCGUGGUUGGGGGGGUCGCCUCCCCCCUUCGACCUGGCGCCGGAACGGGUCACCACGGCGACCUUUACAGUUUCAAAUGUCUUGACAACGGGCCCAGGGCCACCAGGAUGCCUGCAGACGACGACUAUGGACGAAGACAGAUCACAAUUCAGCAGCCACAGCCCCAGCCGCAGCAUGGCUCCCCGUCUCCGGUUCCCGUUCAGUGUCCUGCUGGUUGUGUACCUCCACCUACGGACCAUCGUCUGCAGCAGCAGCAGCAGCAGCAGCAGGAAGCGCGCUACGCGAGCGAGAAGUCGCUCCUCGAGGCGCCCGAACGCUUCAUCGCCUCGGAACGGUUUAGUGAUCGCGUCGGUACGGAUAGAUUUGGCUCGGAGCGGAGCAACUCCGACCGACUCCCGAGUGGCGAACGGUACCAGGGCGUGUCGGAGCGAUUUCCACUCGGGGAGCGGCCACAGACGUCUGUGUCCAGCGAGCGGCUGCUGCCGAAGGAGAUCCUCCAAUCGGCGGCUAUGUGUCAGAGUGACAAAACAAACGAUAGAUAUCAUUAUACGGAGAGAACAAGUUGCCAGAGGUACCCGGAACGGUAUACCCCAGUGCAAAACGUCGGCAGUCUCGACAGGUACCACACGCACGCAACCCUGGACAGGUAUUCCAGAACCAACACACCAACAGACCGUUACCACACAUUGUCCUCGGAUAAGGAUAGAUGUGGCGGCAACACAGAUAGGUACACUCCAACUGACAAGUACCAUACUGGUGCGAUCGACAGCUUUAGUAGUACUGAUAGACAUUCUUCCGCACAAAGUGUGUGCUCUAUUGAGCGCUACACACCGACUGAAAGACACCGCAGUGGUUCCAAAUCGGACAUAUACAAGAUUAGAGAACGAUCGGCCAGUUCAGACAGGAAAGCCGAACGGUACCAGCAGUACCAGAACCACUAUCCACUCGAACAGUACGACGGCAGAUUCAGUUCCGAGAGGUUUCCCCCAAUUCCGUGUCCAGAACGAUUCGCGACGCAAGAAAGAAAUGAAAGACCCGAAAGGAUACAGUACGCUCAACAGGUUUCUUAUAUGGAACCUCCUUCUCCGGCUCCAGCUAGCGAUCGGUUUAUUCCGCCACCGCCUUUAUCGCCUGAGAACACUCCUAGUCCUGAUUGUUAUCCGAAUAAUGCUUUCCCUUCGCCCACCACAACUGUUCCCAUACCUGACCGAUUCAUACCGCCACCUCCUUUGUCACCUUCUCCAACAGAAACGUUCUCGCCUAAGAAAUUGGAAAGGUACGAUAAAUCUCAGCGGUUCCAAGAUCGGUACACUUCUUCUCCAAACAACUCCAACGAUAGGUACCAUAUUCACGACAGGAAGUACUAUGAUAGGUACCAGAAUGGAAGUAGUCACCAAAACAAUCUCCAUUCUCAUGUAAGCAACAGUGACAAGUAUGGUGGUGAGCGUUACAUACCACCAAACGCCCACACACCUGUUGAACGAUACGUCCCGCAACAACAGGAACCGUACUAUCAGCAGUAUCAAAACUAUGAUAGAUACACAAACAAGUUCACAAACUCAUCUGAUCCGUACAUGAGAAGAGAUUUACCAUACCAUUAUAGAUUACCUUUACCGUACAACCCGAACCAAUAUCAGAGAAUAAGGUACAUGGGUACUCCUAACCGAGUUAAGUGUUGCCAGUUUCCCGACGGGUACCAACUAUCCAAGUCCAGUCCCGGUUCGAGCUCGAGCAGCUCCGUAACCAGCCAGGGCAAGGAGUUACACCAAAAAGAAGUACAAUGUGUCAAUAACCUUAGUCUUCAAGAUAUGCAGUGCCAAAAUUACCAAGGUAAGGAGUACCAGUGCGGAUACCAGCAGGAGAAGGGCACCCAGUGCGGAGCCCUGCCGUGUCAGCCGAACGGUACCAUUGUAUCACCAAAUCUGCGGAACGCGAAAGGACAGUGCCGUCACAGUAUCUGUGCCAGUCCCAGUGUCGAGUACGUGGGAGGAGCCGGCGGAAGGCACGUAUGCGCGACGCCGCCACCGAGAGGCAGCAUCGGAUCGGGCGAUGGGUCCAUGUGCAGCGAAAACUGUUGCACCAGGAGGUCGCAGCCUUCAAUGCCAGUGACCGUUUGGCGUACAACACCGCCGCAGUCCCAGCAUGUGCCGCCACAACAGCAGCAACAGCAACCACAACAACAGCCGAUCGAGCAGCAACAUCCGCAACAACAACAACAACCACAUGUCGCCACAACCAUACAACCUCAACAAGCGGCAGCGAGAGCCGCCACUCCCGUCGCCACCGCCAAUGGUGCCGGGACUGUGGUACCUUCCGAAGGGUCACAGCAGGAGCAACAGUCUCCCGCACCUCGACAGGAGCAGGAAAUGAAGCCGAUCAGCGCACCUCAAGCCACAAAACAGCAAACACAUACGCAAACCAGUCCGCCCCAACAAAGGGGUGUGACAUACCAGAGGGCCGUUUCAUUGCCCGCCGCCUCCGUUAUCGAAAGGCCGAGGCCCCAAAGACAAGUCGGAUACUCGCAAAGCGAACGGAUACCCAACAGACAAAGGCCGCUGAACAGAUCCGCCAGCAAGAAGGAGGUGAUCAAAAAGUACAUCAAGAAGGAAACGGCCAAUUUCUUCGGAGUGGAUGAAGAGAAUGAAGAAGAGAACCGGGAACGGUGGCUCGAGAGGAGGAAGAGAAUGGCCUGCAGAACCAUGGGUCCUUUAAAAGAGGAAUACAUGUCCACAAUGGGUCGAAACCACAGGCGGGCGUAUUCAGAGAACAUAGGAUUGAGUGCAACGUCCGGACAACUGGUGGCCGAAAGACCGGACGUUUUGCCCGGUCCCAGUGGCGACAUUCCGGAUGGCCAGGAUAGAUUGGGGAACGGCGUGACCGUCAGAAGAAAGGAUUCGGUUGCCAGGAUGACUUUGGAUGGACUCUCUUAUGUUGUUACGACUUUGACAAGGAACAGACCAAGACCCAGGUCACAACAGGCUCAGUGGUCCAGAAGUUAUCCGCCGGAAUCGCCAAGUUCACCUCCAUCAUCGCCAGAGGAGCAAAGCUUUUUCGAUCGUCGUUCAACCGGUACGCUCCCUAAGACACCUGAAAUCAGCGACACGGUAGACAGGGGACGUGAAUUAGGCGUGUCGCAGAAUUAUCGCGAAAAUUACACAAGGCCCCCGGGUGGUGGAUGGAGAAGGGAGCAUCCGGAUGUGGAACUCAGACAUGGCGAUCAUAGGCAAGGAGUUGGAGGAUCGAGAAUAUUCUCGAACUUCUUGGAUCACGUCUUGGACAACUCUGACAGAAGACAGUUUGGAAUGGGAUGGGUUGGAAAGAUGUUUGGACGAUCUAUGAGAAAGUCCGUGGCCAACGAAAGACACAUUCAGGAACAACUUGACGACUUGGAGGAUCACAGACCCAUGUUCACGUACUGGGUGACCACUGUGCAAAUCCUGGUCUUGUUUAUAUCUAUUAUUUGCUAUGGAUUCGGUCCUUUCGGUAUAAAUUUACAAGCGAGAUCAGGACAAGUACUGGUACCGAGUUUAUCGUUGCAGCAGGUCGAUUACUUGGAACCAGCUAAUUUCUGGGGCGGACCAAGAGCCGGGGAUCUUAUCCAUCUAGGGGCCAAGUUUGCACCUUGCAUGAGGGUAGAUGACAAAGUGACUCAAGAAAUAGAAAAACUGAGAACGAAAGAACGGGACACUGCGUGUUGUAUUAGAAAUGAUGAUUCUGGUUGUGUACAAUCUAGUCAGUCAGAAUGCUCGGUCAGAGGAUUGAGACCAGCGAAAACGAUAUCCACAUGGAAGAAAUGGACGGCUAGCGAGUCUGGACCUGGUGGCAGAAUGUCUGGAUCCGUUUGUGGGCUAGAUCCAAAAUUCUGCGAUUCGCCGCCUAGCGUCGCGCCCUACGAGUGGCCGGACGACAUAACCAAGUGGCCCAUUUGUCGAAAAGCCAACACGCAGUUUUCCACUCAGAAGAGACCAAAAAAGGAUCCUCAAGCCGAGCAUAUGGUAUGCGAAGUGAUCGGACAUCCGUGCUGCAUUGGUAUUCACGGCAAGUGCAAGAUAACAACCAAGGAAUAUUGCGACUUUGUCAAAGGCACAUUCCAUGAGGAAGCCUCACUAUGCUCACAGGUUUCAUGUUUAAAUGAUGUUUGCGGAAUGUUGCCGUUCUAUUUCCCGGACGUCCCCGACCAAUUUUACAGACUGUGGACGUCUCUAUUCAUGCACGCCGGAAUCCUUCAACUAGCAAUCACUGUUUUAAUACAGUGGUUCCUGAUGAGAGACCUGGAAAAACUGACUGGAAGCCUGAGGAUUGCAAUUAUAUACAUAUGCUCUGGAGUAGGGGGCAAUCUUGCCAGUGCCAUUUUCGUGCCAUACAGAGCAGAUGUGGGACCAGCCGGUUCUCAGUUCGGCCUCCUCGCCUGCCUGAUCGUCGAGGUACUGAAAGCAUGGCCCAUGUUGAAACACCCUCGCCAAGCCCUUUGGAAACUUGUCUCCCUCACCAUGUUCCUGUUCGCAAUAGGUCUUUUGCCCUGGGUGGACAAUUACGCUCAUUUGUUCGGCUUCAUCUUCGGCUUCCUAAUAUCGUACGCCCUGAUGCCUUUCGUGACGUUCGGAUCGUACGAUCGGCAAAAGAAGAUCGUUUUAAUUUGGGUUUGUUUGCUCUCGGCUGGCAUCCUCUUCAUCGUUUUGGUACUACUGUUCUACAUUAUACCGGUCUACGAUUGCAAACUAUGCUCUUACUUUAACUGCAUACCGUUUACGCGUGAUUUCUGCGCCUCGCAGAACAUCAACUUCAAACGGGAGGAACCAGUCGUAUGACAAAUGAUUACACGGUUUAUAACCGUUUUUAUUUCGAUUCAGUAUCAUUUACUGUAUUAUCGUUUGUUGUACUUAUGUCAAACCCAUCCCAGCCUUAUUUCCAUCAACAAAUAUAAUAUAUAUAAUAUAAUUGUGCGAAUAUUAAAAAUAACCGUGAAGUGUGUUUAAGACUAGUUUGUGAUACAUAUUAAAUGAUUAACUGGAGAUACAUGUAAAUUAAAAGAAACAGUGUGUUGAUAUAUUAUUAUACAUAGAUAUAACUUAAAAAUCAUGUGAUACGAACAUUAUAUAUCUGAAUAACUAUUAAGACUAUCUAUUAUUUAUUAAUUAUAAGAUAUGUGCAAUGAAUAUUUGUUUAUGUUGGCAACGAAACAUGCUACAAUGAACUUUGUUUGCUAAAAAUACUCCGCUUGGUUCCAAUUACCCCCUGAAAAGUGAAGUUACCCAUUUUAGCUAACUCCGUAUGUAACGCAAUUCAAAAAUGUCCACCACAAUAUAAAAACAGGAUGUGCAUUUACAAUUUUUAAUAAUCAAUACUAGAAUUAACUACUAUACAUACCUUACAUUUCUUAUGGUUUUGAUAGAAUAAUAGGGUAUAAUAUCAAAUUUUUCAAGUUCAGAAGAUUUGGAUUAUUUCCCACUACACUGCAGAAAUUAUCAUUAUUAUUAUCUACACGUUUUGUUUUCAAUACUUUUCACAUAUCGUCGCUUCAAGAUAAUAUACAUAAUACAUCCGACUUGAUAUUGCUGAUGGAUAUUUUAGGAUGAAUGACCCCAUGGAACUGUAUAUGUAUCGUAUACAAUACAAUAGUCUUAUUUAUAUGUGUUUAAAUUAUAUUAAAAUUAUCAAAAAUAUUUUCAUUAUAAUAGACACUGUAUAAAACAACAGCAUGAAUGGAAUGUAUAUAUAAAAUUACAAAAGCAGUAUGGUAUGGUGUUUUAAAUUCAAAAUGUGAAAAUGUUAAUUUUUGUAAAGUUAAAAUUAUUAAAAUUUACUUGACUUUCAGAAAAAAAACCUUUAUUUCUCUACAUAAAAAAUACUUCACAUUGUUGUAAAACUUUAGACAUUACAUUCUUUAAUGCUUCGUGAGAGCGGCAAUUAAUUUCGAAAUUACUCGUUUAAAUACCAACAUAGCUGCUAUCUUUAUGGAUUUAUAACUUGCUAUAAACCAAUAAAAUUAUCAUUUUAUAGGUGAUUAAAACGAAGCAUUAUUGAAAUAUAUUGUUAAUCAACAAUCGACUUACCUACGAUAUAUAUAUAUUAUAAUGUAAUAUUCGUAACGUCUGUAGAAUUCAGUUUUUGUUUAACAGUCCUCUUUACUGGUUAAUUUCAACUGGUGUAAAAAAUCACAAAAUAUUGUACACGUUCGUGUAUUACUAAAAUAAGAAUAAACUGACGGCAAAAAUUAAAAGGUAUCAGAUUUAUUAAGCGUUCAUUACUUUUUGUAUAUAUAUUAAGUGAUACAAAGAAUUUUAUUUUCAAAGAACAUCAUUGAAAUAAAUUACAUUUUUACAAUGGCUUCUCAUUAAAAAUAAUAUUGUCUUUUAUUUUUUUGCAAUCAGUUGUAUUACUUUAUAAAAAUUGUUCACGUUUUGUGAAUUUUUACUAUUGUCUAAAACUAUCAUAGACACAUUGUAAAAUCAAUUUUAUAACAAUGUAGCUCUUUAUAUUUGUGUAGGUAUAUAACAUUUUGAUUUACUAUUUGGACUGAUAUAUUCAAAUAUCACUCUGUACAUUGCAAUUGUACAAAAGUUGCUAUUGUUUUUUACUGUAACUUCGGUACAUUUUUGAGAUUAAACAGCCAAGAAAAAUGUUAAGAUAUUUAGUACUGAACAUUCUGAAAAUAAAAAUUAUUAAUGGUUUAUAUAAUAAAAAAAGUCUUCUUGGUAUGUAUUUUUGCAAGUUGUUUAAUAGCAGACGUUGCAUAAAAUUUAUAUGACUGAUAUUUAAACGUAUGUUCCAACAAUUGUACAGUUACAUUGUAAUAAUAUAACAUCGGGUGUUACACUAAGACCAAGCCUUAACAUUAUAAUAUAAUAAAAUACUUCUGCACAUAACUGAUCAA